AUGCACUACUUCGCACCUCAACAAUCUGUCGCCACUGGCGAUGAAACGCACCGGUCAUCUUCAGGUGAAGGGAUGUCCCGCACUCUGCAACUUGCACUGCAGGAAUCGAGGGAGAUUACACCCAUGGGGAUCGCAGGUGAAGAGGGAGGGACUGACCGCGUACCCCAAUCGGCACUGUUCCCCGAUGGAACAAAGAAUUUCGAUGAGGAUGAGGAAGAGAUACAAGUCGAGGGCGAGUUGACGGAUGUGGACGGUAUCAAUCCGGAGAUGAAAUUGUCGGAUCUCACCGACGCUCAGAUCAUCCGCCUCACCCAGGACUUGCAAGAAGAAGAAAGUGCUCGCCGUCCACUUAUCUCUCCCAUAGAGCCGCUCUCGGAGCUAGCAGAAGAAUACGCAACGGGGAGUCGGACGGUGGUGGAUAAGCUCUCGUACCUAGAGAGGAUCGGAUGGAGAGGGGUGAGGCGGACAAGGGGCGAUGGAGAUUGUUUCUAUCGGUCACUCGCGUUCUCGUAUGUUGAGAGACUGCUGCUGGCGCCCGACCCGGCUCUAGCAGUAGCCAUGUCGCUCAGUACAUUGCAGGAGACGCGUCAUCUGCUCGACGAAGCUGGAUUCCAGCAGCUUGUCUACGAAGACUUCUACGAUGUGCUCGUCCGGCUCAUCUCGUCUAUCAUCUCCCCCCCUGGCCCGUAUGAGCCCCUUCUUUCCUCCCCUGGCCUCCUCGCAGCGUUCCAAGACGCAGAAACAAGCAACAGCAUUGUCGUUUACCUACGCCUCUUGACAAGUGGAUACAUCAGAGCGCACGAGGAGGAGUUCCUUCCCUACCUGUUCUCACCCGACACGGGCGACCUACUGGACACACGCGACUUCUGCGAACGAGAGGUCGAAGCUUCGGGAAAGGAAGCGGACCAUGUGCAAGAGAUGGCACUUGCCCGCGCCCUGAAUCUCUGUGUUCGGAUCGCCUAUCUUGAUAAUAGCCUGGGCGGACAGGGGGCAGAGGGCAAAGUGGACUUUGUGACAUUUGAGAGUGAGCAAGAGGGUGGAAAUGGGAUGCACGAGAUUGCACUGCUUUAUCGACCGGGGCAUUUCGAUAUUUUGGAAACGAGAGAUACGGAGUAAGUGUGGUAGUACGAAGAUUAAAUGCACGUAUGUAAUAAUAAACGUAAAAAGAAGGAAAUGAAUACUGC